AUGACCAUGAGACCGCGGCACAUACUCGUCACAGGCGGGAGUCGCGGCAUCGGUCUCUCCAUCGCCCAGCUAUUUGCAAAAAACGCAUAUAGAUGCACCCUCAUAUCACGCUCAGAGGAAAAUCUCCAAACCGCCAUCUCAUCAUUACACCCUCUAACAACACCCCAUGCCCAAUCAACCUCACCAGACGCAAACUCCGCCCAAUACCAACAUAGAUACAUAGCAGCCAACAUAUCCGACGGCCCAUCCUUCUGGUCCGCCCACACCUUCGGCGCCCACCUCCCCAAACCACCCCGGGACGCACCUCCCACCCACCCCUCGCACAUCGACGUAGUCGUAAACUCCGCCGGCAUAACCCAAGCCAAGCUCUUCGUCAUGCUCAACGAAACCACCAUCGAUCAACUCAUCACCACCAACCUAACCGCCAUAAUGCACGGCACCAAGUUCUUGCUUCGCAAUGGCUAUAUGCGCAGCCCCAAGUCUGAAACUUCGGGACCCAGCCCGACCAUCAUCAAUGUGGCGUCGCUGCUGGGUCUGCAGGGCGGAUACGGUGCAGUUGCUUAUGCGUCGUCGAAAGCGGGUGUGCUGGGUUUUACGCGCGCGCUGGCGACUGAGUAUGCGAGUCAUAAGGUGCGGGUUAAUGCUAUUGUGCCGGGUUAUGUCGACACGGAUAUGACAAAAGAUCUCAACUCUACCGAAAUCCAACAGCGGAUUCCGCUGGGUCGGUUUGGGACGCCGGAGGAAAUUGCGCAUGCGGCGCUGUUUCUUGCGGAAAAUCAGUAUGCGCAUAAUUGUGUGAUUAAUCUGGAUGGGGGGUUAUCUGCCGUCUGA